AUGACAUUAUCAGAGACAACAUGGUUGACAUUUGGAGCUGGCUCCGAAGGUUUACUAUUACAAGAGCAUCAACGUCCUUACACCAUUCUCGGUGAUUUGUCCCUUGAUCAACAAAGACCACAAAUGAUAACCUUCAUUGGAGAGCAAACAAAAUCACGAGUGCUGAGAAAAACUCGAUUUGGAUUCCGGGAACAAAAAGGGAUUAGCGGCGAGGUGCAACUUCGAGUAGACUACGAAACAAUCAGGGAGCCAGAACCGGUUUUCUAUGCAGACUGCGAGUUGCACAAUCCAUCACGCCCAAUGACAGUAGCCACUGAGAAUUACGGUGAUAUUACACCAAGGGCCCUUCCAUUUCCACGGGACUUUGAUUCUAAAUUCCUCUCUUAUCAAAUUUAUUCAAAGCUCCUAUCGCCGUUCAGUACCGUGAUUUGUCUCUUUGCAGACGAUCUUGGAGGCCUAACUGGAAUUUUGGAUGUCUUGGCGACUUGGUUGACAAGCUUGCCAGAGGCUCCUACUGACCUUCCAGCCUCGACGUAUCCGAAGGUGUUGAUCUUUAAAAGCACUGAAGAAGUCCCGAGUGCCCUUGAGUGGGAGAAUGGAGCUACCAAGAGAUUCCUAUUAGACUUGAGUAAAGAGGUUGCAGGAAGACAAGGAGAGACUCCGAGAAAAAAGGACUUGAAUGUAUUGCUGGCAAAGCAUUUUAGCGGCCUGCAUGUUUUAAGUCUUCCAGUACUGACAUCUUCGCAAAGAACUUGGACGCCUGUAAGGGAUCGUCUCCUCCAAGAGUCUGCAGAUAUACAGAAGCUCCGCAACAAUCACCAAGUCGCAUUUUCGAUCCGCCACUUCAAAGCUUUUUUCCACUAUGCAAUUCGUCACUUUUGCUCAACUGAAGACUCGGCUUUCAGUUUUAUAGAGGCAUCUAGAUUUUCAAAUCCCGUAUCAGAACAUUUUCUUGCUCAUCUGACUGCAUUCUUACAAAAUGUUGAUAGAAAACAGUUAUUAAAUUUCGGGGUCCCGAUUAUUGCUUCUGCGCUAGUCUUUGAUAGUUAUCCUCCUGGAAUGCAUGCAUUUCACCCUUUACUGGUUUUUCGGAAGUUCUUUUACCAGACUUGUCUCAAAAUUGACCCUUUCAAAUACCCUCAAUUGACCAAAGGUAUCGAAACGGCAUUUUGCCAGUAUGCCGUCAAUGUAGUCAGUUCAAGCGAUGAAGGGUCGGUUCAUAAAAAUACACUCUCUCGAUUCAACAACGAAUGGAAAGACAUUUACAGCAACACUACCUGCUUCUGCUGUAUGGCUCGAAGACCGGAAAACACCAUGACUUGUCGCCACGCAAUAUGCGACGAGUGUACAAUAUCUGUAGGAAAGGAACUCGAAUCGCAUGCUUGGACUUUUCUGAUUCCGCACUGCAUCUUUUGUGGAAAGGCAAACGACAGAAAAUUUCGUCUUAAACCAAAUACAGCUGGUGUAAGGUCAAUUAUUGCGGAAGGUGGCGGAAUAAAAGGAAUCAUCCCUUUGUCGUUUCUUAAAGAACUAGAAACCGCCAUCGGGCUCCCCACUAGUAUUCAUGAGCACUUUGACUUGGCUUUUGGGAGCAGUUCAGGUGCGUUGGUUAUAUUGGGAUUGUUCUUCAACAAAUGGACUGUAGAUAAAUGCUUGACACAUUUCCAAGAGUUUUCGCAACUCGUAUUCCAGAAGAGGGUUCAUUUUGGUCGAAGCCUUCCGGGAUUGAAUUAUUUGAAUCGGGUUGUCGAAGGGAUUCUAUCACUUGCGGCAGAUAGCCGCUACAGCUCCGCAGGAAUUAACAAAGCCUUGCAAGAAUCAUUUGGGAUGGAGUCCUCCCUGUUCGAAGCUAAUUCCGGAGUCAAGAUAGGGGUCAUUGCUACAACCACAGAUGAUUGUUCCACGUGCAUUUUUACAAAUUACAAUGGACAUGAAACUAGGUCUGAGAGUUGCGGAUACCGUAUGAUUCGACCUGAAGAUAAAAAAAAGGAAUUAUUUGUAUGGCAAGCAGCACGGGCUAGCUCUGCGGCGCCACCUUACUUUAGAUCUUUUGGUGGCUACCAGGAUGGUGGUCUUGGUGGGCAUAAUAAUCCGAUAAAUUUAGCCAUUUGGGAACAAGAUAUGAUUUGGAACCGAUCCAAGAAGCAGCCUGACAUUGUAGUCUCUCUCGGUACAGGCUUCAUACAAACUACCAAAGAAGAAGCCGAGGAAAACUCUCAACAAAUUUCUUUUUUCAAUUCUCGCUGCGUCCCUCGACUAUUUGCUUCAUUCUUGAACCUCUUCGUGGGAGAGAGUAGAUGGCGAGAGUUGUGCAACACUCUAUCCCCACAGGUACGGGAUAGGUACCAUCGUCUCAAUGUCGAAUUUUCGGGGUCUGAGCCAGCACUCGAUGAUACACAGGUUAUACCAGGUCUCCGUCAACAUGUGCAGUGGCACGUUUCAGCCAACAACGAAAUCAAACAAUGUGCCGAUAACCUUCUAGCAUCUUUGUUUUACAUUGAGCUCGAUGGACUGCCUGUAUUUGACCGUGCCCUUUUCGUGUGUCAAGGACGCAUACUUUGUCGAUUGGGUCCAUCUAGCAAUGGACUUCAAGUGCUUGCAACUCGCUUGAGGGAGAGAAGGGCUAAGUUUCACCUCGACUUUCAUCGUUCAGUCUUUGCAAUCGAUUCGGACAUGAUUAUAGACAUUGAAGCCGGAAAGCCAUUUUCAAAAACUAUAAUAUUUAGAGCGAGGUCAUUGGCGGAUUCGCUUGACGUCAAAAUCGACGGUGUAGUGUCUAGACAACGAAGCAUUAGUAAUUGUCCGUAUGUAAUUGAAACAUUGAUCAAAGAUCAGGGAUUGGAUUGCGAAUUUGGACGCAGAGGUAUCAAAAGGAAUAAUGAUUUCCGAAAUGACCGGUUUCCAAAAAGAAUAAGGCGCCUGGAGUAA